UAACAAAAGGAGAGAAUAAUCACAUUACAGAAAGUUUGUUAAUCCUAAUUAAAUCUACAAUGUUAAAAAUUUCCCGUGAUCCGUUUCUACGUUUCACUACACUAAUUCUAAUUACAUCCUCUCUAUUCUCUUAUGGAACCGAAGCAAGACUACAUUAUUACAACGACAUACACAAUCCCAACUCAUAUCCAGAGCCACCGUAUUCGUCCUUCUCUCAAUCUCAGCCUCCAUCUAUUUCUCCAGACCCUGAUGACCUGUCACAGCCUCCAUCUCCUUGCCAAGAUCUCGACCAAGAAGUAGUCCACGAUGUGAGAAACUAUGGUGCGAUCGGGGACGGUAUCACAGACGACACUGAUGCGUUCAAGACAGCUUGGGAUUCAGCUUGUAGCAACGACGAGGACAACAACACUGUCUCCAUAUUGCUUGUACCUUUCGGUUUCACUUUCGUGAUCCAUUCCACUAUUUUCACCGGUCCUUGUCGCUCUUACCAAUACUUCCAAGUAUUUUUUUUUUUCAAAUAUCAAAGUCAUUUCAAUUUCUACAAGAUUAUCAAAUAUUGUUUAAUUUCUGGUGGUUUUCAUUUAAUUAAUAAGGUCGAUGGGACCAUCGUGCCACGGGAUGGACCAGAAUCGUGGCCGAGUGGUUUCAACAAAAGACAAUGGCUCGUCUUUUAUCGAAUCAAAGGAAUGGCUCUAAUAGGCAACGGAGUUAUCGACGGUCGCGGACAAAAAUGGUGGGAUCUUCCAUGCAAACCUCACCGGAAUGUCAACAAAACGACUGCACUUACUGGUCCAUGUGAAAGCCCUGCCGCUUUGAGGUUUUUCAUGAGCUCAAAUCUAAGUAUGCAAGGUGUGACUAUUAAAAAUAGCCCGCAGUUUCAUAUGACAUUCGACGGAUGUCAUGAAGUUCACAUAAACUCUCUUCGAAUCACAUCUCCACCGUCAAGUCCCAACACUGACGGCAUCCACAUCGAGAACUCCAACUCCGUUGAGAUUCAUAACUCGGUUAUCUCCAACGGAGAUGAUUGUGUCUCCAUUGGAUCUGGAUCAUACAAUAUCGAUAUACUGAAUCUCACUUGCGGACCUGGCGGUCAUGGAAUUAGCAUUGGAAGUUUAGGCAACCAAAACUCACGUGCAUGCGUCUCCAAUAUUACGGUUAGAGACUCGUUCAUCAAGUUUUCCGACAAUGGUGUACGGAUCAAGACAUGGCAAGGUGGAUCCGGGUCCGUUUCUGGUGUAACGUUCGACAAUAUCCAAAUGGAUAAUGUCCGAAAUCCAAUAAUUAUCGAUCAGUACUAUUGCACGAGCAAAAACUGUCCUAACAAAACAAAUGCGGUUUUUGUGAAUGAUGUAGUAUAUCAAAGUAUAAAAGGGACAUACGAUAGACGUAGUCCUCCUAUGCAUUUUGGAUGUAGCAACAACGUACCAUGCGUAAAUUUGACUCUUUCGGAUAUUGAUUUGGUGCCUUCAAAAGGUGAAAUGGUUGUGGAUCCGUUCUGUUGGAAUGCGUACGGGGUUGUGGAUGAGUUAUCUGUUCCUUCGAUUUCGUGUCUCAAAUCGAAUCCUUCGACCUUACUGUUAGGUGGUCUUUUAGGAGAGUGUGGAGCACGGUGAUUUGAUUCAGUUUUGAUUGUUAUAUGAGUAGAAGCUGGUGAAAUAGACUAUGUCCAGCUUUUGAUGUUGUUAUGCGCUUUGACGUUUUCAGCGAGUUGAAUUCAACUUGCAAUGUUUAAGUUUGAACUAUAGAAUAUAGCAUUCAAUCUGAUACGCUAGAUCAAAUCAUUCUCAAGCAAGACUCGCAAUCAAACAAAAAGUAAACACGCAUUGACGCAUAACUAACAAAUCAAGUUCGAUUGUCUUUCUUCAGACGAAUGAUUUUUUUUUUGAAAUAUAAAUUAAUAAAUAUGACGUGUGUGUGACUUGGUGAGGUGUUAAAAUAGUACUUUGUUUAAGACUAAGAGGAAUAAUCUUUUUGACUUUCUUGCCCCUGGUCACGUUUUUCACGUUAGUAAAAUAAAAAAUUCGAGAACCUUUAGGUUGAGAUUUGAAUAGUUUAUACCGGACUUUUUAUUAAAUUAGUACAAAAUACAUUGCGUAUAACUUUUUGAUUUUUUUAAUUACAUCCCCUAGUUCUGUCAAACUCCAAUGUAAACAAUAUCGAUAAUUAAUCUGAUCCUGAUUUUUUUUUAUAAAAUGUAAAAUAUAAUCUCAUCUUCAUCUUGAUAAACACAUGAUAAAUUUAUUUCUGACAAGAUUUGGAUUUAUAAUCGACGAAUUUAUUUUUUUUCUAAAUUAGUUUUUUAGCAAAUUAUCAUCUACUUGGUUUAUGCCUAUAUAUAACUUAUUUUGAUAAGUACUUUUUAAUUCAUUGACAUUGUUUUACGUUGAUAAUUAAUUUGAUUUUAUAAAUCUAUAAAUUUUAGUCAAGCCAAACUCGACAAUGAAAUCUUUUAAAUUUGAAAAACUAUGUUAUGUGGUUUGAUUAUUAACCUUUUAACAAAAGUAUAUUGUGAACGAUUAUUAUGAAAUUAAAAAAAAGGUACUAAAAAUUAUAUAAAAUAUUUAUCGCGUAUUAAUUUUGACUAUUGUGUUAAACUGUCAAUAGUCCUCGAAAUAAGUAAUAAAGGGCAAUUUAGUCUUUUGAACAAAAAAAGCCUCAUUACCUGGUAUCAUCCUCUCUCUCACAAUAAAUGCUUCUCCUUGGAACCCCAAACCACACCAUUCUCUUCCCUUUUCGAAUGGCGAUAAGGAGCAAAGAUACAGAAGAAGAGAACAAGAGAAUCAACGAGAUCGAUGAACCAGAAGAAGACGAAGACAAGAAGAUGGAGAUGUUCUUCAAUCUCAUAAGAAACUACCAGGAAGCUAGAAAACGAAGACGACAAGAGCUAAUCGAAGAUUCCGGCGAAACUGCUCCGAAUCCGACCAAGAGAUCCGACAACGGAGAAAAAUCCGGCAUUGCCCCUCCUGUGUUCCGCGCCGAGGAUUUCUCUCACUGUAUAGACUUAAACUUAGAGCCAAUUGUCUCAACUGAGGAGGAGAAACAAGAAGAAGAAACAGAGGAGGAGACAAGAGAAGAGAAUGUUUUAGAUCUUAAUCUCGCAUUGUAAUAAUAAUAACAAUUCUCUGUUUUUUUUGUUUGGUGAAUUUUUAAAUUGUUACAA